AUGGCGUCCAAAUGGUACGAGGUGUGCCGCGUCGUCGACAUCGGCGGGGGCGUGGCGCCGCUGGGGCUGUCGCUGGGCACCCGCUGCGCCGCCCCCAUCUCGCGGCUGCGCGUCGAGAAGAUCGAGGGCGGCCUGCUGGUGGCCGGCGUCGUCGUCGCCGCCAACUGCCAGGUGGCGCUGCCGGCGUUCGGGGCGCUGUUCGCGCUGGCGGGCUGCGUGCUGACGGCGGCGGCGUACCGCGGGCCGGCGGCGGGCGAGCUGCCCGCCGAGUACGAGGCGCGCGUCUCGCUGACGGGCAGCUCGCGGGCGCUGGGGCCGGCCUGCCUGGCGGUCGGCGUCGCCAUGCUGCUCGCGGGCGCCGCGCUCUGCCUGCUGGCCCGCCGCGCCAGGCACCGCCAGCGCCGCGUCGCCUUCCACUGCCCGCUGCACGGAGACUUCUACCCGCUGUCGCCCGUCGCCGGCCUGUCGGGGAGCCUGAGCGGGGGCGGCAAGCCGCGCUACGGCAUGCUGUGCUGCCGGGGCCCCGGGGGGCGGCGGCUGUGGGGGGCGGGGGCGCCGGUGCCCACCCCGCAGUGCCCCCACUCGACGCUCAGCUCGACGCGCAGCUCCGUCUCCAGCGCGCCCGCCUCGCCCUGCCCGGCGCCCACGCCCUUCCUCGUCACGUCGGGGUCUGUCAGCAGCGGGAUGCUGCCGUCGGUGGGGGCCAACCUGUCGCCGGACCAGACGUUCGGCUCCAUCAAGUCGCUGGCAGCGGGCCGCGAGGUGGCCAGCUUCCCGCUCUCCAGGACGCCGUCACCGCCGCCGCCGGGUGCCGACAGUGCUCAGACAGAUGCCACCACCACCGAGCAGCCGGUCCUGACUGUCGUCGCACCCGCCGCCGACAGUGCCGUAUCGCCGUCACCGACGACCCCGCCGAAAGGACCGCGCAAGUCCGUGUCCAUCGUCCUGCCCGAGGACGACGACUCGGGUCGCGGCUGAGGAGGCUGCGGUGUGGCGGCCGGGUGCCCGUACCUGGUGAAGUGUAAAGGUGCGCUUGUGGCGUAACAGGGUGUCACAGAUCUAUUUACCCUUGAAGGACUGACCGGUGCUGCGGAGAACGGGUGUCGAGUUUCAGUGCGUGGACUUUGAAGGCUCUCUCACUUGUUGUAGAGUGGAUAGAGGGAGAGGAAGAGGCAAAUGAGUGUAACUUAUGUACACUUUGAGAUCCACAGUACGUACUGAGAUAAUGAACAACUGUGAGCUCCACAAACAAAUGUUAAUGACUAAUAGGAGCCGAUCUGUUGCCGAUGUAAUUUACGUAUGAGGUGGUACACUUGUUGGUGGACUGUGUGUGUGUCUCUAAAACUGUUUUGCUGGUAGAUCUCCAAACAACAGAAACUGACUAUCUAGUGGUUUUAUUGUCUGAUAGUGUCUUUGUUACUGGACCAGAAGAAGGGUGCUCCUACCAGCUGGAAGUAUUGGAUAACAAUAAAAAUGUAACAGCAAAUUUUUGAUUGACAGGCUCCUCUGUGUCACGUUUAAUUCAAUCCGCAUACGACGUUUGUACGCUACGGGCACAUUCGAGGUGCCGUCAGUCGUAAUUGCCCCCGUCACUUACUAGUGCUUCGCCACACUGACACAAAAUUAUUUGCAGAGCACCGGAGAGGCCCUCAGUGAGCAGUUGAUACUUGUCGUGUAGAGGGUACAUGUUCUCGCAGGUUUGUGUGUGGCAGUGUAGCAUGUCUCUAAUGUCUACGUGGAAAUAGUGCCAGUCUGAAACUUUACCAUUUCAUGAGAAACAAAAGGGCCUCUGAACAACUGUGUUCAGUAAUCUCUCUGCUUUGUCAUCUCAUCACCGGAUUUCACAGUGGAGGAGAGAAAGCGAUAAAUAUUCAAACUGCUCGAUAAGGCCUCCAAAAUUGGAAAAAAAAGAAAAGAAAAGAGAGAGAGUUAUUCUACAGAGGACUCUUCCUCCUAGGUUUUUAAAUCCUCAAUGAGAUGGCAAAUAAAUCACUGUCAUCAAGAACUCUAGCAUUACAGAUGUGACUGUCACAUCAUCCUCGGUUCCAAAAGGCUUUGCAGUAGUAGAAUUUAUCGUGGGCAUCUUGUUCUUUUCUGUAUUUCUGAUAAAACUGGGGUAUGUAAUACAGCGAUUAGGGAAUUAAGGGCAGCACAGUGGGAAACUGAGUUACAACUGAACAGAAGUGAGGUGGGAAUGAACAGACAAACUUUUUUGUGAUAUGGAAGCUGAGAAGUAACAAUACAAGAAGAUAUACUUUAUUUUUAAAGCUCAGAAGUAAUGUGUUUAUGAACAUUACUCCACUGAUUGGCAACUGUAAUUGUACCAUUCUUUGCCAGAUCAAACCCUUCAGUUGUACAUUCCUAAUUUCAUUCCACGAGAUGAGGAGGUAUUCUUCCAUCUAUUUUUCUACAUCUAUACUCUACGAGCAACUUUAGGGUGCGUGGUGGAGGGCACUUCUGGUACUGUCUUUAUCCUCCUUUCCCAUUCUGUUCACAAAUUGUUUGCAAGAUGAACAUUGUCAGUAAAUCUCUACACAAGCUCUAAUAUCUGUGGGCCCUGAUCACCACAUUCACAUGAAAUCAUCACUUCCGUAGGCCUACUGCCUGAAGUCGCUUCCACAUCUGGUAAGUAGUGUUCGCGGCCUAAACGAGUGCCCCCUCGGCCUAGAGAACCACCUGAACUACAGCGGAGCUGGGAGGCCACAGGUGCUACAAAGAUGUCGCAGUUUUCUUCAUCUUUGGCUAACAAGUGCGGACUCAGAACUGCUUCUCCACUGCUCUGCAGACUGCUAUUGGUGAACUUUAUGUACCACUCACUACCUAAGGAUUUCAAAGCUGCCAGCCAUCUUCGGUGAUGUAUGUCAUUCCCCACUUUGAAAAUGAAGAUGUUAUCUACGGAUGAGCAUUUUCACCAAUUGAAACCUCAGUGUUGCCAUCAGCCAAACCUGCUGCCGUUUAUUCUGGCACCAUCAAAGUGACUUCACUAGUGAAACAUUUGUGUCAGUGUGGGGAAUGCUUGAUGUAAGAGUGGUGGAAACCUUUCUGAAAUUGCAAAUACUACAAAAACGGAGUUCCCUUUGGGGCAGCUGCAUUUAGUUUCAACAGUUGGCAACCUAAUGUCCGUCCGUGGUGUGCCAAGUUUUGAAAUAAGAAUUCCUGACCACGUGCCAUACUGAAACCGAAUACGUAUGCCGGGGGCGUAGUUUCCCCGGGACCAGUGUCGAUAUUAGUCUCAAAAUUUUCUUUCGUGUGUAUAACUAAUAAAAUAAAUAUGUGGUGCUCAGUAUUAAAAAUGAGUUUGUGACCUCACUGUCAAUCCGUACGGUCUACAUAUAGGAGGCCUAAUGUGUAGCUGGUUGGAAAAUAUUACUGUUCUUGCGACUCUAAUGUCUAAUACCCUUAAAUGAUUAGUGUAUUGUGUAGUGCAGGUAAUUUACACCUGCACAGUUGAUUAUAUACUUCAAUAUUCUUUACAAUAUGAAGUUUUAGAUUAAGGAAUAUCAUAAAUAACAAUAUAAAAGACAGAAGAAGUGCAGCACUUGAUUAUAUUUGAAAUUAAGCAUCUGACAUACAAAUUGUAAUUAAAUGAUUGGAUACAUCUAAAAUUAUAUUUUGCCAAGUUUUCUGCAUUGUCAUUUCAAUUAUCAGAAAGUAAACAAUCUUCUGUCUUGUAUAGUGUUAGUCUUCAUUUUUAACUAUUUUUUUUAAUGUGGCAAUCCUAGUACUUUAGAACAAAAUUAUGUCUACAAAAUUCUCAACAAAAACAAAUAUUUCAAGAGUGUGCAUUUCACUGGUACAUGUUGCAACCUGACAGGAGCUCAUCAGUAUGUAAUGUUGAGCUACUGUCAUACAAAAUGAGUUUGGUGUGUUCUCGAUGGUGCACAGAGUCUGAUACAUGAUUUCAUUUGGAUGUUAAUGAAUUCUGCAUCACUUUGUAGUAGAGCAGUUUCAUACUUAGAAGUGUAAGGCACACGGAGAGUGUUUUACUCCCCCAGCUAUGCUCUUGGUACUGCUGCAUGCUUCUCCUGGUGCAAGUACAGGACUCCCUAGAGUCCUGCUCAUGUACCUGUCCGGACCACAGGUGACUGAUUUUUGAUGGCACUUAUUAAUGUAUUACAGUAUUCCACUAAAAUAAACUAUUCUUAUUUUUGGUCUCAUAAAUAUCUAAUUAACAAUAACAACUUACUAGAAAUUGAUUUUUAUCUUCUCUUUGGUUAAGGUAAAUCCAGAGAAAGAAUAAUUAUCAGAGGUACACAUUUACUGUGAGUUUAAUUUGUGAUCAGUUAGCAAUGUUGGUAAUUAAAAUUAGAAAGAUAUUGCAAAUGCAUCAAGAGGAACACAAUUGUUUUGGUCUGGGGGGCAGUUUAGCAGCUACGAAUUAAGUACUGUCCCUUGUAAAGUUGUGAAGUGUUUGAAAGAGCAUAAACUUCAAAAUGUUGCCCCUUAUUUAGUAGUCACUUUGAACGAAGAACUUGAGGAGUAUUUAUGGAAAACUUGUUUCGUUGUAAUAAGAUUUCUAGUGAUUACUUUUUUUGGCCAGCAAUUGAUUGUGAUACACAGAGCUGCAACCCAGUGCAUGCAACUUUGCGCUCACAACAUACUUGAACUGUUAGCAUUCUGAUUAAAAAAGGGAGGAAAGUGUGACUGGUCUUACACACAGUAGAAUUCAUCAAAAGGAAACAACUCAACCUGUGUUUAGAGAACCUCCAGGUUAUUUUCAACAGGAUAAGUGUCACAAUAAAAAAUUACUUGCAACUCCAUGCUUUUGAAAGAUAACAGAUCAAAUGAGUACACAAGCAGUAGUGGUGAAGACUUUAAAUUGUUGCUGCCCAGUUGCAAAACAGGGAAUAUGUGGAGGCCUUGUGGAAUUCCUGAAUAUUAUCAUCUCCAACACAGCAGGUGGAAUCUUGUGUGUACAUUGAAUCAGCAAAGACAAUGAAAACACACAGUCUAAAUACACUGCCAUAGCAGAUUUAACUCUUUUGAACCUUCUUUCUUUAUUUCUGUAAUUUUGUUAUACAUUGCAAUGAUCCACAUGCAAUCUUUGUUAAAUGUGUAUUUCCAAAGAGAAAAUUUUGAAAAUAUGUUAUCCACUCAACACGAUAAUUUUAAUAAAUUUAAUGGGAAUGGGAGGUGUCAUCCUAAGGAAUAUUUCUAUGGUAUUCUUUUUAUAAACUGAAACCCCUUAUUCUCGAUGCAGUUCACAAUUUAUAAAAUGAAUAUUUAUAUAUUUGUUGCAGACAAUGUCCACAUUGACAAACUUGUUAUUCCUCCAGUAUUCCCGAGUUUGUAAGAAAAGUCUGUUGAAGUAGUUUCAUCAGUUUUUUUUGUUCACAAUCACAUGAUCACCAUUACCACAAUCAUAUCACCAUUUCUCCCUUCCAGUAUUUUGGUCUAAAAACCACAAGAACCCCUCUGUUAACAUUAUUCAAGAGAUGUGUGUGCCCGAGUGUACACCAUCAUAAACAACUGUAGUUGCAGAAUGUCCAUUGAAUGAGCAGAGGAGAGAGAGGUGCCUACGCCUCACUGGAUGUGCGGAGGCACGGUCCACGCUGUGGAAAAGGGAUGGCGAAACUCUGCCGCUAGAAUUUCCUGCCACACGUGUAAUGUGCUGUUCCAGACACCAGAAUAUGACACUGCUCUGUCUGUCAGUGAAAUGCAUCCCUCUUCUUGUUAUUAAUACUUUUCAUCAAUUCUGCCUUAUCUCUGUUUUGAAAUCAUAUAUGCUCUUUGUUAUAACUGAUUUGCGAAUUUCUUCCUCACACACGUGUCUAAUAACACUUGUGGUAAACGGUGAGCCCACCUCGCACUGUCGUCGAUACGUAGCUACCUUUCUUUGUAUGUGCCCAUUUACUAAGUUUCCACCAGUUUUUUUGUAGAUAAUAUGUGUGCCUCUAUUCUUCACCUUACUCAUCCCAGGGUAUCGACCAUCUUAUCCCACCUCAUAUUGUGAACCACUUUCUGUGAGCCAAAAAAUGCUACGAAGAUGUCACUGUUUUCCAUUCUUCAUCUUUUGCUACUAAGUGCAUAAUCAGAACUGCUUCUCUAUUAACUUUUCCUUUCCUCAAAGAAAUUAGUCUUCAUUCUUUUCAUUCAUCUUUUUGUUCUCUAAAAAUGAUGCCACACAGUUGAGAUGCCAAGCAGGAACACCAGUGUCCUCCUCCAUACCUAAGUAAUAUGAAAUUGCACCCAUUCCCCUCCCCCACACACAACUCGAGAGUACGUUCUCGCAGGACCCACAUCAAUUAAUUUUCCAGUUCCUAUAUAUAUCCCACUGAUUUGGUAAUUCUGUAUGUGCAUCACGUACUUUUUUUAUAAUGUGUUACCAAAGUGAACAAGUGCAAUACGUAGUCAUAACGUGCCGGCUUUGUGGUGCUGCUCAGUAUCACAUCACACUUCCUCGACCUCUGCUGUCACGUACACUAUUUCUUUCACUGCCUACAUUCUGUGCUGCCCUCUUACCUGUGAGGAGAUCUCACGGUGAUGUUCUGCACAGCAGUACCACCUAAUUUCGGACUGUCACAGCAUAUUGUCUACAUUCAUUAUCUUUUUGUUGCACACAUUUGAUAGCUCUGAAUGGGACGUAAUACCAGUUAAAUCCUACUUACCUAGAGCUUCCCUGAAGAGACAAAUCCAAUAACACAGGAUUUAUAUUUCCAUACUUUUUUGUUACCUGUGGUAGAAAUACCUUAAGAAAAUUAGUUAAACAAACAUUGUUUUUUACCUUUUUUCACGAACUUUAUCAUGUUUUCUGGGCAACCUAGGUUUCAGGUUAUAAGACCCCUUUCAGGGCUUGUAACCUGAAACCUAGGUUGUGCAGUAACCAUAAUAAAAUUCGUAAAACAAGGCAAAAAACAGUGUUUAGUUACUUUACAAUGUUCCACCAAAAAACCACAUUUGAUUAAGUUAAAAUGGCCUUACGAAAACAUUCUCUGGCUCAAUAAUACACAGUUUUAUGCUCGUCAUCACCAUUUUUUCAUAACAGUGAUAACCCAUAUUCCUAAAAUAUAUGCUCACAAUCUCAAUUUAGUGAUAUUUUGAAUAUCUACAUUUAGAAUUUUGAGUAAUUCAGUUAUUACUAAUAUUCAAUGCAAUCCCUCAAUCAACCAUUGCUCAUUGCAGGAAACCUCUGUCCAUUGUAGUAUUUAGUCCUAAGCUUGUAACCAUUCAGAUAUGGUUUCAGUCUAAUUUUGAUACUAUAUUGAUGAUGGCUGUAAAUGCCUAAUUUGACAAGGGUAAAUGAAAUACAGUUAUUUUGGUCAUUUUGCAGCAGCAAAUGGAGAAAGAAUUUUCAGCUGAAAUUGUGAAUGGACUGACUGUGUAUGUUUGUAUAUCAGGACCACUGACAGACGUAGGGCACUAAAAAGUUAUGUUUUCUGUAGGACUGAUACGCUUUAAUAGUCACAAGACUAGAGUGUUCAACUGGCCACUUACGUGCAUUGUGCACACAAUGCCAAAGAGGUGCGGUAGACUGUAAAAACGAAAGACACAUUUUGUAUCUGUGAUUUCUUGAAUGUAUGUUGUAUAAUCACUUCUUAUUCUCUGCAGCUGUAUACACAAUUACUCUAUGAUACUACCACAACUAUGGACUAAAUAGCUAACUGUUCUGUGUUUUAUUGUAUGUUUGUUAGUCGGACUGUAGUUAACAACAGAGGGAAAUGGCCGAUGUGUCACCAGCAACAUACAUUGCUUAAUAUGUGUUGUAAUUUUAAAGGCACAAGCCACUGUGUGAGCCUGUCUGUAAUACCUGUUGACACUUUUCUUUUUUAAUUUUAAAGAAGAAAAUAAAACUUGAGGGUAUAGUGACACAGUAGAGAAAAAAAAAAAGGAACCAAAGAGUUAUGUAGAAUUAGAAUUUAAAAACUUACUUGUGCAAUUCUAGAGAAGAUAUUUUACACAGUUCAAAACAUUUAGCAUGUGUUUUGUCACAAUAAUUAAAAAUCAUAGAAAUAAUAAAAAACAUUAAUAUAAACUUGAUCUUUCACGUAGAUCUUAUAUUGUGAUAAUUAUUAUGUAGAUCUGGUUGAAUGAAAUGUAUAU